UUUUCUUCUUGGGCCCAAGGACAAUUUUACAAUUCUACAAGUUGUUUGCUUUUGGUAGUUUGCUUAGCGGUUCCGGCCUGAAUCGGACCGCCCGAUGACCACUGCAGACUCUGCAGACAUGGAGGUUGACCUUGCGCUGGUUGAUGCUGACCAGGGCUCGCCCCCAAAGGAGGGAGCUUCAAAGUCAAAGUCUCCCAGCCGUCCAUGUCAACGUGGGCGGAGCAAGCGCCGUGGUGAGAACGCGGCUGGUAAAGCUAAGGCUCGCGCUGCGCGCGAGAAGAAGCCUAAGAAGAGUGGACGCAAUGUGGAAGCUGGAGAGUCAAUGACUUGUCCAGUGUGUGGCGUGGAGACACCAAAAAUGAAGAAUACAUGCUACUGCCCUGACCAUAAGCGGACCACCGACGCCUUGUUCCGGCAAGCAAAGAAGAAUCCUGAGGUGAAGAAGAAGGUUGCAGAGUUGGCCCGCCGGCCAGACAAGACUGUUUGGUUCAAGCUGGUUGAGGAGUUCAAGACCAACUGCCCGACGCCUGGCAACAAUUUGCCGCGGGCGUCUUUCGACUUCCUGGUGUUCAUGCAGAAGGAGAAGGUGGCUUUGACAGCAUCGCACACCGAGGAGCGGGAACCCAUGACAAAGAAACAGUGGGUCCAGUUUGCUCAGCAGGUCAUGACCCACGACAUGACAGAGACUGAGGCCAUUGCUGAGUGGAACAAAAUGGUCUCUAAUCCAGACGAAUACGAGCGUGCAUCAAAAGACCGCAGAGGGCAGAUGCGCAUCUGGUGCCCAACCAAGGAAAGCAAGUCUCUGGCACGCUCGCGUGAAGAGUCGUAUGAGCUGACCAGGCAGUGCAAGCAGCAAAAGUUCAAGCAAGCCGACUUGGAGGAACUACAGGAGGAUUUGAGAAACCGCAGUGGCUUCUCCAGUGUCUUGAGCGAUGACUGGAAGCCCUACACUGGUGGCCAAGCUGCCGCUGUCGGGUCUUCACUUGUGAACGCAAGUGGCUACACUUCAGCUGGGAAGAGCCAGUCUGUUGUCAAGUCUUUGGAGGAGGUUGUGAGCAGUUUGCAAGAUGUAGAGCCUCAGCCUGCGCUGCCCGAUCCUACUCAGCCAGUUGCGGAGGAUGACCCCAGGAGGAAUCCGAAGGUUCCCAAGACCUUUGACCCAGAUGUUUGGAAGACGCUGCGACUUCCACAGUUUUCAGAUGCAUCCGCCAAGUGCGCGAAGCAGCUCUCGGAGUUAGAGGAGUUGGCCUUGACGGCUGAAGAUGCGGCUGCCCCGCAAGUUCAGGACCACUUGACCAAGAUGGCCACCAUUGCCCCUCAGCAGGUGAAGGCGACCAAUGUCCUGCACCUUUUGGACUCUUGGCUGACGACCUCUAUGGCUGAGUGGCAGGUUGUUUUGGGUUCAGCUGCCGCUGUGUCUCUGGCGGAGGAGAUGCCCACUUUGAGCAGCUUGGAGCCGCUGUUAGAGUUGGAGACGGCAGGGGACUCGAAGAUCCAGGCUGUGAAAACUUUUGAGCAAAGCCUCAGCGUCAAUGGUUUCUUGAAAGAGCAAACAAAACUGAUGAAGUCUUUGAAAGCCUCAGUUGCCCAAGCGUAUGGGAAAAUUGCCACAACCAUCAAGACCUACCAGAAAGCCCACAAGCAAACUUUGGAAAAGAAAGCGGCUGCUGAGAAGAAAGCUCAGAAGGCUCAAGCCAAGAAGAAGCCAAAAUCAAAUGGAGAUGAUGGGACUGAGGCAGCUUCAUCGCCUUCGAUGGUGGGGUUUCAGAAUUCUACUCCGUUGUUGGCGCCUGAGUUCUUGAAGGGUUGCAAGGCCGUGCAAGGAUUUGAGUCUGCUGAUGCUUUUCGCGCCGACACAGGCUUGAAGUGGGACACGCCCUUUGUAGUCAAGGGCAUUCAAAGUCCGGUGCGGGAAAGGUUUGAGAACCCUCGCCUGCGCCAGUCAGCUGAAUACUUUGAAUCAGUUUUGAGUGAGAAAUCUGAUUCUCUGGUGAGGGCAAAGUGCAUGCCCGACAAUGCUGGUGAGGCGCAGAAAUGCUUGAGCUCCCUUGCGCCUGCAGAGCUUGUGGUUGACUUGGGCACCAUCCAGCUAUCUGAUGACAAGGUCCGUCGAUCUGUGUCUGGCGUCCGCUUGGUUGCACAGGGUUCGAAGCCAUACAUUGGGUAUGACUAUGAUGACUUGGCUUCGUUUGAGGUUGCUGUCAAAGGCCAGAAGCAGGCCUUGCUUUUCCGACCCUGCGCUGACUUGAGUUUCCUGGUGGGCGAAGAUGGCCGCCUUUUGCCAGCAGAGACGCAGCUUUCGAAGCUGAAGGCUUUGACGCCCGAGCAGUGUGAGCAGCUGAAGCCGCAUGCCAUGGUUCACACGCUGACUGUCUCGGAAGCCUUGUUUUGGCCUGCAGGAUGGAUUGGAGUCUUCUCGGCAGUGGGCAAAGCAACGACCUUCAGCUUAGCUUUGCCGGUGCUGUUGCGUGCUGGCGAUGCUAGCUUGCUGUGGUCCACCUCGGCGCCGCGGCAAGCUUUGCUCGACGCAUGGAAAGCAGCUCAGCAGCAGCAGCAGGCCAAGGUGGAGGCAGUGGAUGUCCCUAAGCCGCUGCCUCCGCCUCAGCCUUAGGCCCGCCAGGUGGUGCUUGUGGCCCCUCAAACCCUCCGGCUGUGGCGGUUUCGGUGCGUGCUGCCAGUUUUGAAAGUCAAAGAAGCUUUCAGGGAAGGUUCGAGGUAUAGAAUGGAAGAGGCCUUGGCUUGGCUUGGUUUGAGGUUUUCAGUUCGGGGCAUUGGCGCAACGCAGUGCCAAUGCAGUGGGAUGGCUCACGGCUCUUCUUUGGCCUUCGACCUGCAACCUUGAGAGGCCUUUGGCUUUUGGUGAGGGCGACUGAAAGUGCUCUUUUGCUUUUGACGUUUGCCGUCGGCGCUCAACUUGCCG